ACGACGCUUGCGUUGUAUCUAAGCUUAGAUUUUUGCAUUCCCGAGCCGAUGCGCCAAGUGCUACUGAGUCUUACGGGGCACUCGACAGCGACGUCGGCGUCAGGCCGCAACGUCGAGCUUUACCACGUCUCGUUCAAGGACGGCGACAAGACGCGCAAGAUCCAAGCCCGCCACAAGACUCUGCGCCAGCACCUCAAACCCAUUCUCGAGAUGGAGUGUCUCUCGGCGCCGCUGCCCCGCAAAUUUCUACUCAAAGGCUCGAGCCACGACCAGGUCGUGCGGGAGCGGCUGCGAUGCUUUCGACGCAUCUUUGUCGACCUCUCGGCCAAGCACGUGUCCGAGUCGACGGUCGCGCUUCUGCACCGUCUCAUGGACGCGAGCGCGGUGACCUCUGCCAAGAUGGCGCCGAAAACGUCCCAGAACCGGGUCGAUCCGACCGACAGCAGCGGUCCCCGCACGCCAAACGAGUUGCUACCAAGCAACCAAAAGUCCAGUCGCGAGAGCUCGUCGUCGUCGCUGGACCGAGAACGCAGCGCGUCGUUUAGCCAUAUUGACGAGAGUACAAUGCUGGGCGACAACAACUACGAAGAGAGAAGCAGCAGCCGGUUGAAAGCCCAGCCACUCAAGCCGCACCAGGCCAAGAUGGCCCUUGUCGAGAGCGACCGCCUCUUCUUUGCACGUGCCCCGACACCGACGCUAAAUCGCCCGACAUUGCCCAUGGACGACGAGGAUGAGGAGUACAUCCAAAACCUCGCGACAACCAUGAUGUCGCGACUCCGAGCCAAGUCGCCGCCGCCACGACACGCAAGCCCGUUGCGCCAGGCGCAAAGUGAGCCGUGGCUGCCCAUCGAGCCUCUCGACCGCCAGCGCGAUGCAUGGCGCACCGCCCAGCGCUUCCUCGACGACGCCAACGACGUCGACGAAGCGUUCAUCAAGGACAUGUGCGCCGAGCACUUUCCACACGUGUACACCGAGUCGUCGAACGCCGCCGCGCGGGACACGUCCAAGCUGUCGGAGCAACGUCUCAUGGGCUACCUCCCCCAUGCCCGGCCGACCAAGGUGUCGCCCAUGCGCCGCAACAUGACGUAUUGA